AUGGAUCUCGGCACCGCCGCAGCUGCGCUCGCGGGAGGGGCGACCGUAGCGGCAUACCUCGAUGCCAAAUUCCACUUGAGUAAGGAUAUGUCUGCGAUUUGGACUAUGAAGAAGAGUGAGCGCUCAUUAGUGCAAGCUCUUGCGAAAAAACAAGCAAACGCUUGGUUCCCCCUCCUCGAGACCGUGAAACGACACCCGGACAUGAUAGCUCUCUGGACGCGAGAGCGGUCAUAUACAUACCGUGACUUACAAGAGCAGGCCUGCCAAUAUGCACACUUCUUCCUGGCAAACGGUGUGAAGAAGGGGGAUCUCGUCGGCUUCUUCCUGCAGAACCGAGCAGAGUUUCUGAUCGCGUGGAUUGCGCUCUGGAGUAUUGGGUGCGCACCGGCGGCUAUCAACCAUAACUUGACUGGCGAUGCUUUGGUCCACUGUCUCAAAAUCAGCGGCGCAAAGCUCACCCUGGUAGAUGAAGAUCCCGUCUGCAUUGCACGUGUGGAGGAGUGUCGGGAUACGUUGACCGGCGAGCUGGGCAUGGAGCUUUUGACUUUGGACGAGUCUCUCAAGGCUCAUAUUCGUACGUUCCCGACUACUCUGCCACCAAAGGAGCUGGCGCUGGGCAUGAAGGGCGAAUUCCCUUCUAUCCUGCUGUAUACUUCUGGAACGACCGGUAUGCCCAAGGGCUGUGCAUUCACCAUGUCCCGACUCUACACGACCCUGACCCUUCGGCGCGGUGCGAUGGGCGAUGUAGAAGGCCCUGAUGGUGACCGCUGGUACAGCUGUAUGCCGUUGUAUCAUGGCACCGCAGCAAUGAGUCUCAUUGCAUGUCUGACCACGGGUAUCAGUAUCGCCCUGGGGCCAAAGUUCAGCGUGCGCAAUUUCUGGAAGGAUAUUCGAGACUCGGAGGCAACUAUCUUUGUAUACGUUGGUGAGACCGCUCGAUACCUGCUUGCUCCUCCCCCGUCACCUUUGGACCGCAAGCACAAGGUGCGAUGCAUGUAUGGCAAUGGACUUCGCCCAGAUGUUUGGGAACAAUUCCGUGAGCGCUUCGGUGUUCCCGAGGUGGGCGAAUUCUUCAACAGCACGGAAGGUAUCUUUGGCCUGUUCAACUAUAAUAGGGGACCAUUCACCGCGGGAAGUGUUGGACAUCACGGCCUUUUGAUGCGUGGUCUCUUGCAUAACGUUUUCGUACCCGUUGCGAUCGAUCCCGAGACGGGUGAUGUGCUUCGUGACGCGAAGACGGGAUUCGCUGUGCGAGCAUCAUACGAUGAAGGUGGUGAGAUCCUUGUGAAUAUCCCGAAUAAGGAGGCAUUCCAAGGAUACUGGCGCAACGACUCUGCAACGGAGAAGAAGUAUCUUCGCGAUGUUUUCAAGAAGGGCGAUUUAUACUACCGAUCUGGCGAUGCCCUGCGCCGUCAAGGUGAUGGACGCUGGUACUUCCUCGACCGACUCGGCGAUACUUUCCGCUGGAAGAGCGAGAACGUUGCCACCGCCGAAGUGUCCGAAGUAAUCGGCAAAUUCCCCGGCGUCCAAGAAGCCAACGUCUACGGCGUCCGUCUCCCCAACCACGAAGGCCGUGCCGGCUGUGUCGCACUGCAAAUCAGCCCCGAAGCGCGACAGACCUUCGACUACGCUGCUCUCGCACGCUACGCCCGCUCCAAGCUUCCUCGUUACGCAGUGCCCAUCUUCCUGCGUGUAGUCGAUAACCCCACGCAUAUCCAUAACCAUAAGCAGAAUAAGGUUCCACUGCGUGAAGAGGGAGUGGACCCGAAUCUUAUUGGGACGAAGGUGCCGGAUGGUCGGGAUAAUCAUUUCUUGUGGAUUGCGCCGGGGGAUGAGGCGUAUACGCCUUUUGGGAAGGAGGAUUGGAAGCAGAUUGAGGAUGGGAGUGCUCGGUUGUGA